AUGAGUGGUAACAUUGGUAGUAAUAAUAAUGAUCCGUACAAGGAAGUGGUCCGAGGUGGGUUGAAAUUGAAGAAAGGCAAAUCAAAAUUCAAGAAAAAGAAGAGAGAAAGUGUUGAUCUGAAGAGUAUUGAUAUAACUAUCCACAAAGAUGUCGAUACGACAGUUACAUAUAAGACACCAGCAGAGAUAGCAUUUGAGAAGCGGCAGUUGCAAAAUCAGUUCGAACGGCUGGCGAGGAAAGCAGCUGUAAGUCAUCGUGAAAAAGUUGAAAAGUUCAAUCAACAAAUGAGUGAACUAACCGAAUUCAACGAUAUACCAAAAGUUUCAUGGACGAAGUGA